AUGUCUGGGGAUCUACAGGCUGAUUCUCUUACCGAAGAGCAAGUGUCCGAGUUCAAGGAGGCCUUCUCCCUGUUUGACAAGGAUGGUGAUGGACAAAUCACUACCAAGGAGCUGGGAACCGUCAUGCGAUCGCUGGGCCAGAACCCUUCCGAAUCCGAGCUUCAGGACAUGAUCAACGAAGUAGACGCCGACAACAACGGCACCAUCGAUUUCCCAGAGUUCCUGACAAUGAUGGCGAGAAAGAUGAAGGAUACCGAUUCCGAGGAAGAGAUCAGAGAGGCUUUCAAGGUUUUCGAUCGUGAUAACAACGGUUUCAUCUCCGCUGCCGAGCUCCGCCAUGUUAUGACAUCCAUCGGUGAGAAAUUGACGGAUGACGAGGUUGACGAGAUGAUCAGAGAGGCUGAUCAAGACGGUGAUGGGCGAAUUGACUACAACGAGUUCGUUCAGCUCAUGAUGCAGAAGUAG